UAACAAGAGACAAAUCCAUCACCAAGGCUCCUGGAGGGCAAGGCGGGACGAUCCAGUAGUUAACAAAGCCUCACGCCGCUGAACGCGUCAUCUGUGAAAAUUCAGAAGAAAAAAACUACCCGAGAAAUCGUAUUGUUGCAGCAGCUAAAUAUUUGUAACUGUAAAUAUUUUGUACGCCUCCCUUCAUUGCCAAUAAUCAAUAUAAGGGAAAUAUAUUUGUGUGACAUGUUAUUAUUCUUGUAAGAUUAAUAAUACGAAGUUCUUGCUGGGCUUGUGGCAAGAAUUUUCGGCCGAGUGGUUCAUUGGGUAAGGUGGGCACGAUGCGGCCAGUCCCAGCUCACGGCGGCUUCUCGGUGUGAUGAGAUGUGUGUUGCGGCGCCGGCAGGUUUAGGUGAAGGUGAGGGGAUGAAUUAUGAGGGUUGGUGUGAGUAGAAGGAGCUAGGAGCAUGAGGGCGUGGGUGCGGGGUUGGCAUGGGCGUAAUACUUGUUGCAAUCAUUCGGCCAGGGAUGAGGGAGUGGGUUGUGUGGGUUGGUGUGGGUGGCAGGAGGAGCAUGAGGGCGUGGGUGUGGGAUGGGCGCACUACUCCCAGCAACAUUUCGUCACCUGCAUUACGUCCCAUCGCCCCAGCGUUACACUCUCAGCCUUUUCUUUGAGCGUCCCCGCCAGUGGUCGGUGUAGCCAAGGCGGCACACGACGAGGAGAAGCCAUCCCAGAAGAGGACAACGUUGAUGACCUGCACGUUCCUGCUAAAGAUUGUUCAUUUACAUUAAAAUGACUCAGCAAAAACAAGUGAAGAAGUCUUGGUGCUGCGGGUGCUUCGGCUGGCUCUUCGCCAGGCGGAAGCGCCGCAGCCCCUCCGAGGAACCUGACGACAUCGUCGAGGAAACCGAAAACGCGGGUGCCCAGGCCGAUGCAGGGCAACAGGCCCUGGUCUGCCUGAAGAAGGCUGCUCAGCCUCUCGCAGUGGUGGAGGAGGAGAUCCCCUCCGACACCCUGCAGGAUGCUGAUGGGGUGGUGGGGAAGGGCGAAAAGGAGGCCACUGGCAGGAGGCGUCAGACUCUCAUCAUCACAAUCCACUUGGUGAAGAGAGAGAAGGUCCACAAGCCAGUGGAUGAUACAACAGUCGCACAAAAAGACUGCACGCAAUUGGAGAACCAUGGCAAGAGGGUUCAAACUCUCGUAAUUACUCUGCACAUGGUCAAGAGAGAGAAAAUAAAGGAGGUAUACGAUGAGCUCCCCUCCGGGCACCAAGGCACGGCUGGGGACGCUCCUUCCAGCAGGAGCAAGGCCGUUACCGGCCCACCGGAAAAGAUGCCCCUUAUCAGCAGCUUCAAACAGCGGGAUGCAUCUCAAACACCGGUCAAGAAAAUGAUCAGGUUCAACUUCCAAAACCUGAACACUUUCGUCAAAAUUCGUGAGCUGUACUGUGCCUACGACUACUUCAAAUAUGGCUUCCCUCACUCCAGCAUUCGUCCUGAGCUGAAAAGCUUAAAGGAGAGAGCAGUGGAGCCACAGGAAGAGCCACCAAAGGAAGCAGUAAACAAACUGCCAGAGGCUCAGAAAACAGUAACAGAGGAAGCAACAGAUUCAGCAAACAAAAUCAAUGAGCCACAACAUCUCACAGGGAUCCUCAAGAAAGGAAAGACGGCCAGCACCGCUCAUAAAUGUGUGCGCUUUAACUUCCAGAACCUGAACACUUUCGUCAAGGAUCGUGAACUGUACUGUGGCUACGACUACUUCAGGUAUGGCUUCCCUCUCUCCAGCAUUCGUCCUGAGCUGGAAAGGCGAAAGGAAAGAACAGUGAAGCCACAGAAAGGGUCAGCAAAGGACGCGGUAAAGAAACACAACACACGACACCAGCAAACAGUUGGAGCAGCUCGCUGUGCACAAAUGAAUACCACUACUGAAGGGAAGUCUCCUAAAGGUAUCCUGAAGAAAGAAAAGAUGCCACGGUCCACCUGUCCAGGACAUGUGCGCUUCAACCUUGGUAACCUCCGCGCCCCCGUUAAGGAACGUGAGGUGUACCGUGGCCACGACACCUUCAGAUACGCCGCGCCGCUCCAAGUCACUCAGCCUCCCAACUUUACCUCGAGGCCUCACCAGCAGCCCGUUAGAUCCGCCUCUAACUCGCUGCGUGACGCACCUCGGCACCUCGAGAGGCCGACACAGCGGAGCAACGAAUCCUUCCAGCAAAACAGUGGCUGGUAUGCUGCACACAACUACACCAACAGACGCCACUCACAGCACCGCCAGCACAACCCCAGCAGCCACGUCUCGCCAAGAUACGAAACAAGAUAA